AGAAAUUCCACCCACUGAGAGUCAUAUGACUGGAUGCGGAAGUUGAGGUGGACCUGCAGAAACUGUAGUUAGAUGAAUAAAUGCAGGGUUUUUAUUAGUCAGGCCACUCUGACAGGCGCGUGAGGUCUGGGCAUGGUCAGUGAAGAAGUGCUGGAGCUGCAAGGCAGUAGAAGUGAAGGUUAAUCAGCGGUAUGAUGAUUCAGACUGGGAUAUUUCUCCUGUUUGUGUUCCUGCCUGUGAGUCCAGCCUCCUUACCGCUGGUUAUUAACACCUGGCACUUCGAGAACGCCACUGCUGCAGCAUGGAGUGCGCUGCAGGCGGGUUCGUCUCCGCUGGAUGCGGCGCAGGCUGGAUGUACUCGCUGUGAGCAGGAACAGUGUGAUGGCAGCGUGGGGUUUGGUGGGAGUCCAGAUGAACGAGGAGAAACCACACUGGAUGCCAUGAUCAUGAACGGUGACACGAUGGAGGUGGGGGCAGUAGCGAACCUUCGGCGAGUGAAAAACGCUGUGGGCGUGGCUCGAGCGGUGAUGGACUACACUGACCACACCUUCUUAGUUGGAGAGUCAGCUUCAGUGUUUGCUGAAGAUAUGGGCUUCAAAUCUGAAGACUUGACGACUAACAGAUCGAGGGAUAUUUUCUCCCAGUGGCUCUCACAGAAGUGCCAACCCAACUAUAGAAAGAAUGUUUUUCCGGACCCUUCCAUGUCCUGCGGGCCGUACACUCCCAAAGCUAAACUGCACUCAGGCCCACGGCGAAAACCUGGACUAAUCGACCUUCGAUCACAUGACACUAUCGGAAUGAUUGUGAUUGGACAGAAUGGUCAGGUGGCUGCAGCAACCUCAACCAAUGGGGCGACCAAUAAAGUGCCUGGUCGUGUGGGGGAUUCUCCGGUGGCUGGUGCGGGGGCAUAUGCAGACAGCUCAGCAGGUGGCGCUGCUGCUACCGGCUCAGGAGACAUCAUGAUGCGUUUCCUCCCCAGUUAUUUAGCAGUGGAGAUGAUGAGGGCGGGUGCGUCUCCCUCCGCCGCCUGUAAGACGGCCAUCACCAGGAUCAAAGAGCGCUACCCGGACUUCUUCGGGGCACUCAUAUGUGCCAACACCACUGGAGGAUACGGUGCCGCUUGCAACAAACGUCCAGGAUUCACUGAAUUCCCCUUUAUGGUGUCCAAUGCACAGACUAACGGACCCGUCCUGCAGAAAGUGGACUGCAUUUAGUUUAUAACACUCCAUACAUUAAAGUCUGAUUGUGUAUUAUAAUCGGGAUAUGCCAAUGUACAGACAAUUUACUCAUAAGAGUAUUCUGUUGUUUUUAUGUGGUUAAAAUUCGUAUCAACAUGUAAUUUUUAAUAAAUUCAAUAUUUUUCCAGA